CUCGUCACCUUCGUUAUGUUUUACGCUCCAUUAUCCGGCAGUCUGAUGAGUCCAUCCACAUUCCCCCAAUCCCACAUCGGGUUGUGGCCAGGUCAUGAACAGAGAGCCAUGCCGAAGCGGCCACCACUGUGUGGAUUAUCACUUCGAACAAGUGAAGCGGCGUCUAGUAGACUGCUAUUGGCGGCCGAGUCCGAUGCAAAGCUUGCAUACAGGAAGAAGCCCAGGCGCUUAUGGCGCCAGUUACAGCCAACGCGACUGUUGCCCACCACUUACGGCAUCGACGAAGACUUGAGGCGGGAAAGAGUAUCCGGUGAGUGGCCAUUUUGCGAGUUGUCUUCCCCUUUGCCCGACUCUUUCCGCGGCAUUUAUGUACCGCACCUUACGUAUGUAUGCUCACUACCUUACAAAAUCACCAUCAGCACAAUUGACUAUCUUCUUCAGCCCAGCGGAGCCGAAACCCCUUCAUGGCUCCGCCUGGAUAGCACGGAACCGCUAUUAACGGGGAGAAGAAUUGUUGCGAGGCUAUCGAAUAUCAAGACCGUUCAACGUCCCGCAACAGAGCCUCAAUGCCAGACUAUUCUUAGCGAGGCCAUGCAGAAGUACAACGACCCAUGGGACAGCAAAGCAACAGAUGAUGUUAUGAAGAGACAACGAGUCCACACCAUGAAGACGUGAGCGAGGCUCAUGGCGAACCGCAUGGGUUGGGGGUGCAAUCAUAAUUGGGCAUUCACCAAUAACGACUGAGGAAAAGCUGUUGACUGAUUUUCCCCCCAUCUCAAACAAUCUCGGCGACUUUUAACCUUUUUUUGUGUCGCAGUAGCUAGUCUUGGUUGACACUCCCUUCCAAGCGGACGGCACAGCCCCCCUGGAAAUAGCAAGUGGCCUGACAGGGCUACAGAAAACCGAACCGCGAACUGGCCAAAAUCUCAAGGCUAGAUCAACAUGGUCGAACAGAAAUUAUACGGCAAGAAAUCACAUACCGCGUGUUGAGGCACAAGCAUUACUACCUACCUACCAGUAGUAGCGAUUGGUUGGCGGGGGAUCAUGUGUUGUGCAUGUACGUGAGAUUUACCAAUACGUGUUUUCUGUAACA